AUGUAUGGCUGCGCAAACCAUAGCAAUGAUGCUGUUUUGGAACAUUCCCAUCACCCCAGAAUGUUCUCUCCUGCCAAUGCGACAUGUAUCCUGCUGCUGUCCUGGGGCUGUGACUCGGCCAGAGGACAGGGGUCCAGGUCAGCCCCACAGAGCGCCCAGCCAGAGGGAAGAGACAUCAGUGAUGCUUCCUGCCCGACGCCCCAUCGCUCCCCACUAGCCCCAUGUGCUGGCUUCAGGAUGGCUGUGAGGGAGGCCCUGGUGCCUGGGAGGCUCCCUGACCUGCUCCUCUGGCUCAGGCUGCUUCUGUUGCUCUGUGGGGGGUGUCAGGUGGGGUACACCCAAGCCCCUGGCCCCCCAGAAGUGGUGAUUCCCUGCAGGGUAACGGGCCCUGACAGAGGCGGGAGCCCCAUGGACUGGCUCUCUUACAGCCUGCACUUCGAGGGCCAGAGACGCGUCAUCCACCUGAGAGCCCAGAAGCAUCUGCUGGCCAGACACAUGCCGGUGUUCAGCUACACGGAGCAGGGCGCACUCCUGGAGGACCACCCUUUCCUCCAGAGAGACUGCUACCAUCGCGGCUAUGUGGAGGGGGACCAGGAGUCCCUUGUUGUCCUCAGCACCUGUUUCGGGGGCCUCAGGGGAGUCAUACAGACCAAUGACAUCAUUUAUGAAAUUGAGCCCAAGAAACAUUCUACCACAUUUGAACACUUGGUGCACAAGUUGGACAGUGAGGAGACAGUCCCUCCCAUGAGAUGUGGACUAACAGACGAGGAAAUCGCACGCCAGCUCCAGUUUCUGGAGGGCAGGGAUGCCACCCUGAUGCAGAGCGGCUAUGAAGGGUGGUGGACCCACCAGCAGAUUGUGGAGGUGGCCGUGGUGGUAGACCACAAUCGCUAUCUUUACAAGGGGAGAAAUGUCUCAGAUGUGUACGCAGAAGUGUGCCUCGUUAUCAGUGGUGUGGGCAGCUUUUACAAAUCCCUGGAAGUUGAAAUAGUUUUAAUCGGCAUUGAGGUCUGGACGGAAUGGAACCCCUUUCCAGUAGAUGAGAUUAACAGUUUCUUGUUCGAAUUUUGUGUAUGGAAGAGUCAAGGCUUUGACUUCCGCUUGCCACAUGAUGUCGCACAUGCUCUUGUAAAUCAAAAUUAUGAUGAUUAUCUUGGCUUAGCCUAUGUAGGAGGAGUAUGUAGUCGUGGGUAUAACUGUGCGAUCGAGAGUUUCACUUCUAACCAGCUGUAUAAAGUUGCAUACAUUGUGGCACAUGAGCUUGGUCAUAACUUGGGAAUGUCCCAUGAUGAUAGCUUUUGUACAUGUGGAAGAAGAAAUUGCAUAAUGUUUCCUGAAAAAGUGAGUGCAACUAAAUUUAGCAACUGCAGUUAUGCUUCCUUUUGGAAUUAUGUUGGUCAAACAACAUGUCUACAGAUAGCUUCAGAUAUCAUCUUCAAGCACAAACGCUGUGGGAACAGUGUGGUGGAAGAAGGAGAAGAGUGUGACUGUGGUUGCAUCAAUGAGUGUGCAAAAGAUCCCUGCUGUCAGUCAGACUGCACCCUAAGCCCCGGGUCUACUUGUGCCUUUGGACUUUGUUGCAAAUACUGCAAACUCAGACCACCAGGCACAUUGUGCAGGAAACAGGAGAACCAGUGUGACCUUCCAGAGUGGUGCAACGGGACAUCAUCAUUCUGUCCCGAGGACGUGUACGUGCAGGAUGGGUUCCCUUGCUCAGACAGUGGCCACUGCUAUGAAAAGAGAUGCAACGACCGUGAGGAGCAGUGCAGGAACAUUUUUGGCAAAGAGGCCAAGAGUGCAAAUCACAGAUGCUAUCAUGAGAUGAACACUCGAGGGGACCGCUUUGGGCACUGUGGUUUCAAAGGUGAUACCUAUGUAAAAUGUGAUAUGGCAGAUGUCCUGUGUGGGAGGGUUCAGUGUGACGAUGUGACAGAGAUUCCUGUUCUGAGUGAUCACACUACAGUGCACUGGACACACUUUAAUGGGGUGUCCUGCUGGAGUACAGACUACCAUUUUGGAAUGACCACUCCUGACAUUGGGGAGGUUAAAGAUGGUACGGUGUGCGGCGUUGACCAUAUUUGCCUCAAGAGGAAGUGUGUUCCUGGGGUACUUUGGAACAAUUACUGUUCCCGGGAGACCUGCAACAUGAGUGGGAUCUGUAACAACAAAAAUAACUGCCACUGUGACCCUACAUGGGAACCCCCCACAUGCCAGGAAGCAGGAUACGGAGGUAGUGUGGACAGUGGCCCACCCCCUCCAAGAAGAUUUACUGUAGAAGGAAACGUAACAUACCUUUAUGGAUUUUGGUUGAUACGUUUAUAUUAUCUUAUAUUGUCUGUGCUUUUUGUGGUUUUGCUGACAUAUGAAACAAACAGCCAAGAAUUACCAGAACUUACGAACUAA